AAGACCCUCAAAAGGAAGGCCCUCCUAAACAAAGAACGCCUCACAGCAGAGUAACAAUGGAGGCGCUCGCCUGCAGCUGCGGCAACUCCUGGUUCACUCGCCGAACCUCCCAUCACCACCGCCGUCCGUCACGAUCUCCCUUCUUUCCUUCUUCGCUCCAAAUUCACCAUCCCGUCCGACGGUGGCCACGUCUCGCGUCAGGUUUGAAUUUGUGGAGCUAUGGAUUGGUGUCAUCCUCUGGAGGCACAAUAAGAGCUGUGAAUGGAAGCGAGACGGAAUAUUUGUCGCCGUGGGAUGAUAAACCUUACGAAACAUUGCCAAAUGGUAGAAUAGCUUACUUGGAUGAGCAAGAUGUGGUCGCAUUUCUUGACCCUCCCAAGGAGUUGAUUCCUCUUGACCCCAGUUCUUACAACCCAGCUGCUUACUUAUGGAAGAAAAUUGAUGACAUUCCGGAGGAAAGGCGCCAUCGAUUACUGCACUUGCUAAAACCGAGGCUUAUAUCAAGAGCCUGGGAGGUAGCUGGCACGCGCUAUGAGGAUCCUAAGUUAGCAAAGAAAAAAGCGUCCAGUUUUCUCUCUGGCGAAGCUAAAGAGACAUCGCUUGAGUAUUACUAUUGUCGAACCAGUGGAGGUCCUCCCUCUGUUGCUUGGAUAAAUUUCUUCAAAAAGGCUAUAUUCUGUUCCAAGGAUGAGAAGAAGUAUGGCCGUUUUAUUGGCGAAUCGCUACCAGGUCAAUUAGCUAGUUCCUUUUAUCCACUGUACUUUGUGGUGACACAAGUCAAGGAAGUAAUGUCCACAGAACAGCCUUGUGAUCUAGCGUACGAAUUCGGCGAUGGAUUACUGGAUCUCUGUGACUACCCAGAGAGCUUCCCUAAACCAGGGAAGCACCCUUAUCCUUUCAACGAUGAAGUUGUCGUGUACCUUCGUUACAUUGGGCCUGGAGUCUUGGUAGGACAAGCAUGGCAAGAAGGAAAGAAUUUGCAGCAAGUGCCUCAAAAGUUGUGCGACGAAAUUCUGAUGGUGAAGGAUUAUGCAGCAUGCUGAGGAUGAGGACCUCUUGGCAUCGAAUUACUUCCCGCUCUCUGCACUGCUCUUCUGAAGCCGUUUAUGACCACUGCUUCUAGUUUAGUUCAACCAAUUAUGCUCUGCCCUUGGGAAUCAUCUGUACGCGCGAUACCGGCAACGGAGUCAAGAUGAGCUUUUCUCAUUGUUCUGAUCAUGUGAGGAUACUGGGUGAAGAAGCAAACUAAGAGGAGCUUGAUUUGACCGUAAGCAUUGUGGCUUUGAAGCCAUGUAGGCGCCUGUGCACAACAUAAAGAAAAUGCGGUGAACCCACUGUUGUUGAGAGAUUCUAGCAUGGAUUGAGUUCAGAGAUUUAAAUGGAAUCACACCUCCUAGAGAUAUUGAGUUA